GAGGUUCUCUCCUCUCCUCUCAUGGACCCUUUGAAAUGGAUAUCUCGAGAAUACCACGAAAUUAACGGGUCCACAUUCGACGUUCUAGAAACGGUGCCAUCCCCAUUGGAAUUCGCCCGAAUUGCACAAAUAUCUCGACCUGUGCUGAUCAGAGGCUUCCAACCGCCCGCUGCCAAAGUUUGGACCAACAGCUAUCUCAUCGAAAGGCUGGGUUCGUCCGCGAUCUCGGUGGCAGUAACACCUAACGGGUGUGCAGAUGCGGUGACACGUUUUGACGGCAAGUUUUACUUUGCGGAACCUCACGUUGAACAAAUGACUAUGGCCUCUUUCCUAUCGAACCUUUCCCCCGAUAAGGAAGUAGCUAAAGGACGAACCGAAACUUAUUACCUGCAAUCCCAGAACGGCAACCUCUAUUCGAGUCGGUUCUUUGACGGGUUAGAUGACCCAUCCGAGUUUAAGGCCUUACGGGAUGAUGUUCCCAGCGAAGUGUUCUGGUGUAGCGAAGCGCUUGGUCGACCUCCCGAUGCCGUCAAUCUCUGGAUGGGAGACAGCGGUAGCGUGUCAAGUGUGCACAGUGAUCCGUACGAAAACAUGUAUACCGUUAUUCGCGGGGCUAAACACUUCACCCUGUUGCCUCCUGCAGAAGGGUGGUGUCUGAAAGAACGCAUGUACCCUCACGCGAUGUAUACCCGAUCACUGGGCUCGCAGACUCUCGAACUCCGGCCUUCCUCAUCAGACAUUCCCAAAGUACGCUGGUCGUCUAUCACAGAACCACACCUUCCCGGAGCCCUGGCGCCCGACGCCCAUCCCAUUUACAUCACCGUCAAGAUGGGUGAUACUUUAUAUCUCCCCGCCGGAUGGUGGCAUCAUGUCCGCCAGAGUGGAAUCACUAUCGCUCUCAAUUGGUGGUAUGACAUGGAGAUGAGAGGGAUGAAUUGGGUAAUCCUAUCCUUCUUAAGGACAAUACAAGACGUUCCAGAUGGUAAUGAAUUGGACGAGGUGUGACAAUAUCGCUACAGACUGCGGGAUGUGAGUAAUAUACAUUGAAUUGAGGUGGAAUGUACAAGAAA